GUGUGGAUCCGUCCCUGCAAGCAGAGAACAGAGUCCCAGGCUCUUCACAAGCUACCACUGCUGUAUCUAAACAGCAGAAAUCCCGUUCUACCAACUCAAGGGAUGAGCGCUUCCGAUCUGAUAUCCACACUGAAGCAGUACAAGCAGCACUCGCAAAAUACAAAGAGAGAAAGAUGCCUAUGCCUUCAAAAAGACGGUCUGUUCUUGUGCACUCUUCAGUAGAAACGUAUACACCUCCAGACACAUCGUCAGCCUCAGAAGAUGAGGGCUCGUUACGUCGGCAAGGGCGGAUCACCUCCACUCCGUUCCAGAGCCAUUCCAACGUAGAGCCCUGGCUUAACCGGGUUAUUCAGGGCUCCUCCACCUCAUCCUCUGCAUCCUCCACCUCAUCUCAUCCAGGAGGGAAACCUGCUGCUGCUUCCAAUACUGCUACUGCCACCGCUGCUGCCACUGUGCUUGCAGAUCUCAUGGCACACACCCAGCUAGAUAACCACUCUGCACCUCCAGAUGUAACCACUGGCCUGGUGGAACAUUUACAUCACGAGCGUCCACAGGUAGCAUCAGUACGAGGAGUUCCCAGAGGCUACAACAGCAGCAUUUUGGAAACCGCAGACGGUGUCCCAGUGAAUAGCAGAGUGUCCUCUAAAAUCCAGCAGCUUCUAAAUACCUUGAAAAGACCAAAGCGCCCACCUUUGAAAGAGUUUUUCGUUGAUGAUUUUGAAGAACUGCUAGAAGUGCAACAGCCUGACCCAAAUCAACCAAAGCCUGAAGGAAAUCAAAUUAAUGUACUUAAAGGUGAACCCUUAGGUGUGGUAACCAACUGGCCACCUUCUCUCCUGGCUGCCCUGCAGCGCUGGGGGACUACCCAGCCGAAAGCCCCUUGUCUGACGGCGUUGGACACAGCUGGGAAAGCUGUAUAUACGCUCACCUACGGCAAGCUGUGGAGUCGAAGCUUGAAGUUAGCGUAUACCCUACUAAACAAGCUAACCACUAAGAAUGAACCACUGCUGAAGCGUGGAGACCGGGUAGCUCUUGUAUUUCCUAAUAGUGAUCCAGUUAUGUUUAUGGUGGCAUUUUAUGGAUGUCUCGUGGCGGAACUUAUUCCUGUCCCAAUAGAAGUUCCACUAACAAGAAAGGAUGCUGGCAGCCAGCAGACUGGAUUUCUUUUGGGCAGCUGUGGAGUAACACUAGCUUUAACCACUGAUGCCUGUCAAAAAGGCCUUCCUAAAGCUCAGACUGGCGAGGUGGUUACCUUCAAAGGCUGGCCUCAUCUUAUUUGGUUUGUGAUUGAUGGGAAGCAUCUGGCAAAACCAACUAAGGACUGGCAUCCGCAAGUACGGGAUGCCAGUGCUGAGAUUGCUUAUAUUGAGUACAAAACAAGUAAAGAGGGCAGCACAGUGGGCAUUACUAUAUCUCAUGCUUCUAUGCUGGCACACUGUCACGCAUUGACUCAGGCAUGUGGUUAUUCAGAAG